UCUGUUUCUUUCUUUUUACAUUCCUUCUUAGAACUCAGGAAAAAAAACAAAUAUGGCGCCACCUGGCUCAUUUGGAAACAACAUCACUGUUGAUUCAUUUGAGGCUUUUCUUCAAGGCUGGUUAUUACGCCAAGAACAAUUCUUGAAUGAACUUAUAAUAGCACAAAACACAUAUGAUGAAUCACAAGAGGGUAUUAUUAAAAACCUUAUUUCUGGUGUCCUAGCUCAUUAUCAAGAAUACUUUGAAGAAAAAUCAAGAAUGUCUCAUAGAAAUGUAUUCAAUGUGUUUUCUCCUGCAUGGUUUACUCCAUUAGAAAAAAGUAACUUAUGGAUUGCAGGGUUUAAACCGGGAUUAGCUUUUUCCUUGGUAAUGAAUUCUGUAGAUGAUUUGAGUCAAAAUCAAGUCGAGAAAAUUAAUAGGCUGAAAUUUGAAACAAGGGUUCAAGAAAAGAAUCUUAUGGAUGAGUUGGCCAAAAUUCAAGAAAGUGUGGCAGCCCCUCCAUUUAUGGGACUAGCACAACAGUUCGGAGCUGAACUCCUGAGAGGGGAUGGUGGAGAAAUAAGAGAAGUGGAUGAAAAUAUAGAGAUACUAAGAUCAGCUCUAGAGGAUGUGAUAAUGGAUGCAGAUAGAUUAAGGACAACAACAGCAGAGAGGGUGGUGGGGAUAUUAAAUCCUUUCCAGAGUUUGAAGUUUUUGACAGCUGCAGCACAACUUACAGUUGAGAAUAAGAAUGUUGGGAAUGCAGAGAGAAGCAGAGAGGCAACAAAUGCAAACUUCAGUUGGUCGGUAGAUUUUCAGUUCACUUUUUUUUGGGGUAAUUUUGAAGACUGAAUCAUGAUAAGUUAGAGGUUUUGUGUUGGU